CGAACUUGGAACAGAGCAUGCACUGUUCCACAUUACACUGCCGUGCACACACACACACACACACGCACACGCACACGCGCGCGCACACGCACACACACACACACACACACACACACACACACACAAAGAGUCAAAGCAGUACGACUCCAAACUUGUGGGUGCGGUGUGCUGGAGUUUUCUAUUGUGUUGUAGAGUGUUGAGGAGUGUUGUGUGCUGGUGUGUGUGGAGGUGUGUGUGGAGGUGUGUGUGUGCAGUGUUGUGGGGUGUGCUCUGGUGUGUGUUGGUGUGUUGAGGUGUGUGUGUUUUAAGUUUAUGGAGCCUGAGAACAAUGUUCCUAUACUGGCUACUGAUCGUCCUGACUAAAAGCCCAAGCUCAGUGUCCCUGAACGUGACGGUGAGUCCGGGCCCUGCGGUGGUGUGUGUGGAGGGGGAGUCUGUGAGUCUGGUGUGUGUGGCGGGGGGGCGGCGGCGGGGGGCCAGUGUGGUGGUGCUGCGCUGGGUGGUGCGGCCACAGCAGAGUGAGGAUGAUGAUGGUGGUGGCGAAGAAGAUGAGGAGUUCCUGUUGGUCAAGCUCAACGUCCGGGGGACGGAGUUCUGGGGCAACUACACACAACGCUCCGACACCUCCCACUUCCAGCUUCACCAUGACAACCCAGGCUACGCCUACAGCCUGUUGCUAAGCAACGUGACACGUGCAGACAGGGGGCGCUACAGUUGCAGGGUUCAGGAGGUGCGCAAACACCGCAACCGCUGGAGAGCCCUUGCCAACGGUACCGCACACACACUACUCAGAGUCAAUCAUGUGGUGCUCCCAAACAGAGUGGACUGUAUCUGGCGUUUAUUUCAAGAUCUGUACCUGUGUGCUGCUGUCCUUUGCUCAAUCGGUCUGGUCUCCAUGUUCCUCUUCGCCAUCGUCAUCGCCUGGCAGCAGCUGACACGCAGACCACACCCCAAAGGUGAUCCGACACGCCCCAUCGCUAUGCCCCUCCCCCUUACAACCACACCCCUAAUCAACACCCUCUCACUCUGCCCCUCCCCCUUACACACCUACACUCUGGUGAAGUGCCCAGACAGCAGCUCGGGGGAGACUGUGACGACUGUGACGAGUGUGGCGAGUGAGGCCAGCAGAGGCAGUAUAGGGGGCAGUGCGGAGGGUAUUAAGGGGGGAAUGAAUGGGGGCAGUAGGAACCUUGUUAUCCCUGUGGGCAGCGUCUCCUCUGCAAGGCCACACAGGAAACAGAAGAGACACAAACACCACCCGCCCGACCCCCACGACGCCCCCCCACUGGUUCCCGCUAAAGCUCCUCGCAUUCAGAAACCACAGAAACCACGCAGAACCAAACUCCUCAAGGCCCAGCCUCGACGGACAGCAGUGGUGGAUGACAGUCUGACCUACGCUGAGCUGGAGCUGGUCAAGGCCAAGCCUGAGCCCACAGCAGAGCCCACAGCCAGCAGCUCCGGCACCGUCUACGCCCAAAUCCUCUUCACCUAACGCCGGCACCGUCUACGCUCAAAUCCUCUUCACCUAACGCCCGUAUACGCUCAAAUCCUCUUCACCUAACGCCCGUAUACGCUCAAAUCUUCUUCACCUAACGCCGGCACGUCUACACCCAAAUCCUCUUCACCUAACGCCGGCACCGUCUACGCCCAAAUCCUCUUCACCUAACGCCACCACCGUUUACGCCCAAAUCAAGACCCAACAGAUCACCAGAUCCCUUUCCACGAGUACGCCCAACAGAUCUUAAAAGCGCCGCUGUAAACACGUGUGUGUGUUUCUCUCACCUUCAGGAGUGGUCUUCAGCCCAGGAUACUGUACACACAUGAACCUGAACCUACUCCUGUCUAUAUGAACUCUGUUUAUUUAUGAAUAUUUGUUACCACUAUGUCUGUACCUGUGUAUGAGAGGUGUAUGUGUGUACGUGUGAGAGAGAGAGAGAGAUAUGUAUGUGUGAGAGAAAGUGUGCGUGUGUAAUAACGAUUUUGUACCAGGUCUUAUAAUAGACCAAUACUGACCAAAUACGCUGUAAUAUUGAGCUUGUGAUAGGAAGAGAGAUGACAGAGUAUGUAAAGAGGCUUUAACCCCAGGAUGGAUGCUGGACCCAGCUGGACGCUGCAUUAACCAGACCUGCCCUUCAUCUCCUCUGAGUCCUUAUGGCGGACAAACCUAACCAGCCCCUCAUGUGCAGACAUACACACUAACCAGGCAGCAGCACAUGCUGCGAGGACCCGGCCCAGAUGCGGCGCUUAUACAGCCCUGAUUUGGCUCUGAUGUGGUCCUGAUGCGGCCCUGAUGCGGCCCUGAUGUUGGCUCUGAUGCGGCCCUGAUGUGGUCCUGAUGCGGCGCUGAUGCAGCCCUGAUGUGGCCCUGAUGCGGCCCUGAUGUUGGCUCUGAUGCGGCCCUGAUGUUGGCUCUGAUGUCGCCUCUGAUGUCGCCUCUGAUGCAGCCCUGAUGUGGUCCUGAUGCGGCCCUGAUGCGGCCCUGAUGUUGGCUCUGAUGCGGCCCUGAUGUGGUCCUGAUGCGGCGCUGAUGCAGCCCUGAUGUGGCCCUGAUGCGGCCCUGAUGUUGGCUCUGAUGCGGCCCUGAUGUUGGCUCUGAUGUCGCCUCUGAUGUCGCCUCUGAUGCAGCCCUGAUGUGGUCCUGAUGUGGUCCUGAUGUCGCCUCUGAUGUUGGCUCUGAUGCAGCCCUGACUUGCGGGAGCUCUCGGAGGGCUGCAGGACGCUGUAUAUGACGUAUUUAAUGAGAGCUCACUGCAUACUCACAGAAAUAAAGACAUUCUUUUGUCAUCCAUA